AUGCCUCCUAAGACUAGUGGUAAAACUGCUAAAAAAGCAGGAAAAGCUCAAAAGAAUAUUUCCAAGACCAAUAAGAAAAAGAAGCGUAAGAGGAAGGAAAGUUAUGCCAUUUACAUCUAUAAAGUAUUGAAACAAGUGCAUCCUAAUACUGGUAUUUCUAGUAAGGCUAUAAGUAUCAUGAACAGUUUUGUAAAUGAUAUUUUUGAAAGAAUUGCUGCUGAAGCUUCCCGUUUAGCUCAUUACAAUAAACAGUCAACAAUUACUAGCAGGGAAAUUCAAACCGCAGUACGUCUAUUACUUCCUGGAGAAUUAGCUAAACACGCCGUAAGUGAAGGUACCAAAGCUGUUACUAAAUAUACAAGUUCUAAGUAA